AUCCACACAGGGGAGAGACCCUACAAAUGCAGUGAGUGUGGGAAAACCUUCAAUCGCAGCUCACACCUUAUUGCCCAUCAGAAAAUCCACACAGGGGAUAGACCCUAUAAAUGCAGUGAAUGUGGAAAAUGCUUCACUAGCGGCUCAAACCUUUCUCAACAUCAGAGAAUCCACACAGGGGAGAGGCCCUACGAAUGCCGUGAGUGUGGGAAAACCUUCACUUACAAAUCAGGCCUUUCUAGACAUCAGAGAAUCCCCACAGGGGACAGGCCCUAUGAAUGCAGUGAGUGUGGGAAAACCUUCAAUCGCAGAUCAGGCCUUUCUAGACAUCAGAGAAUCCACACAGGUGACAGGCCCUACGAAUGCAGAGAGUGUGGAAAAACCUUCUCUUACAAAUCAGGCCUUUCUAGACAUCGGAGAAUCCACACAGGGGAAAGACCCUACGAAUGCCGUGAGUGUUGUAAAACCUUCAGUCGCAGCUCGCACCUUAUUAGUCAUCAAACAAUCCACACAGGGGACAGGCCCUACGAAUGCAGAGAGUGUGGGAAAACCUUCACUCAAAUAUCAGCCUUUUCUCAACAUCAGAGAAUCCACACAGGGGACAGGCCCUAUGAAUGCAGUGAGUGUGGGAAAACCUUCAAUCGCAGAUCAGGCCUUUCUAGACAUCAGAGAAUCCACACAGGGGACAGGCCCUAUGAAUGCAGAGAGUGUAGGAAAACCUUCACUCACAGAUCAACCCUUUCUGUUCAUCAGAGAAUCCACACAGGGGAAAGGCCCUAUGUAUGCAGUGAGUGUGGGAAAACCUUCACUCAAAGUUCAGCGCUUUCUCUUCAUCAGAGAAUCCACACAGGGGAGAGGCCCUAUGAAUGCAGAGAGUGUGGGAAAACCUUCAAUCACCGCUCACACCUUAUUACCCAUCAGAGACUCCACACAGGGGAGAGGCCCUAUAAAUGCUGUGAGUGUGGAAAAUGCUUCACGAAGAGUUCAGCCCUUUCUCAGCAUCAGAGAAUCCACACAGGGGAGAGGCCCUAUGUAUGCCAUGAGUGUGGGAAAACCUUCUCUUGGCACUCAUCCCAUUCACUCUGGGAUGCUGGCAAUGAGAAGCAGGCCCUCAUGGCCGCUCCCCCUGCCUGUGAGAGGGAGUGUGCUCCGCUGGAGUGA